AUAAAAUUUAUAACACAGUCUCUCUUCCAUCCCCAUUCCCACCACACUACAAAAACCUUUUUACCCUUCUUCUCUCUCUUUUUCUCACAUUUUUCCAAAACCCACUUUUCCUUUUCUCAAAACCCAAGAGACUCCAUAUUACAAAGCUAACCUUAAGCUUAUUGUGCCUACAAAAAAUGACCUCUCUCUAACUCUAAUCAAAUACUCUUUAUGUUUUUUGCUGUUCUUUCAAGUUUCAAACUUUUGCAACAUCAAUCACAGCAAUUUUGCAUGAGGAGCAGUUCAUGAAGAUCUCAAGCCCAAUGCCCACCAUCAUCUUCUUCUCCUCUCUUGUAAUUUCUUUACUAGUCAAUAUCCAACCUUGUCAAUCUUCAACACUACUAGUAGAUGGAGUUUCAGAGUGGAAACACCCUGUUGUUCAUGUAGGAGACUCUAUUAUCUUCAAGCACAAGUACCACUACAAUCUUUACAUUUUCCAGAACCAAAAAGCCUACAAUGUCUGCAAUUUCACUCAAGCCACGCUUCUCAACAAACCCAACUCAACCUCCUACACGUGGCAUCCAUCACGCCCUGGUUUCUUCUACUUCUCAUUCAACAAUGGCUCUUUGAAAAGUACAUGCCAAGGCUAUCAGAAGCUGGCCAUUAAAGUAGUUUUUUCAUCAUCAGAAAGAAGCUCAAGUACCAUAUCUCCACAGCUUCCUCCAAUGGUUGCGCCUACACUUGCGCCAGCGCCAUCUUCAGGUGGAUCAGUAAUAUCAUCUUCUCCGGCUUACAUGUGGCCGUUCCGACCACGGCAAGCGGCGGCACCACCGAGUCCCGGACCAAGUUCUUAUCCAGGAGGAGCUGUGCCAUCCCUAGUUCCUGAUAAAGGAGGUGGUAAUGGUGGUAUACCAUUUAUCAAUAGUAACCCUGCAGUUCCUCUGCCUACCGGAGAAGUUGACUCUGCCACUAUUCGCCCUUUGCCCACCUCUGGCCAUGGAAGUCAGGUGAUGGUGGAAUUAUUUGCAGUUCAAAUGGGUGUAUUUUGUGUGGCUUUCCUGGUGCUGUAAAAUGGUAAACUAGAGAAGAGAGAAUUUAUGGAAGAAAAAUCUGAGAGGCAGGGAAGGGAAAGAGAGGUAGAGAGAGGGAGAGAGAGAGAGAGAGAAGAGGUUUAGAUAGUCUAAAGUAGCUUUAAAGAAUGGCUAUGAUUAUACCAUGUAUUGUGAAGCUGUGAUGGUCUUCACACUCGGACCCUAUUUAGGAAUAAUUGGCACUUUUAGUCCUUUUGUUUUGCCAUGCAAUCGAUUACUACCUACUUUUUCUUUUCUUUUUUCUACUUUAUCUAUAGCUAUGCUAAUGCUCUUUUCUUUACCUCCUUUUUUUUCCUUUAAAUUCCUCUUUUAAUUUUUUGUUUGGGGACAUUGGCUUGCAAUAUUGAAGUCCCAAUGCCAAAAUGUUUUGGUUAAUAUAUAUAAACCUAGCUAGCACAUAUAUUGGUGUAAGAGGAGCUGUACGGCCUUGAAUGAAUGAGUGUGACGGUGUUAUUUGUUUAAAAGUAUAUUGAUUAUUUUCAUGAA